AUAUUAUUUAUGCACUUAGGUAUGUUGCGGGAUGAUAAGUGCAACUCAUGAAUUCCGGAAUAUGGGCAAUUAUGGCGAUUUUCUUACAAAUAACAGGAGCUCACUCAAGAAAGAUUAUAUUCAAUUUGGUUCACGAUGCAAACGAUUACGAUGAUGAGUUCAUUGAAGUCAUUGAGCUAGUAAUGGAAUCAAUAACAGUACAGAAGCAUCACAUAUCUUAUGUUGUCAGACAAAUAGAUGCGUCGCUUCCACUUAGUAAACAAAUUCCAGGUAUGUGCUCAAUACAGACUGAUUUCGAAGUUUUGUUGUCAGCAACUUCUUGCGAUCUGCUGCUUAGAUUAGCCAAACAGAGUUCUUCCAUGGGUAUUCUUCAUUUCGCUGUGAAUGUUGAAGAUUGCGAAUUGCAUGAUGAGAUGAAAGUUUUCUUGGAUAGAAAGCCUCGAUCCGAUGUAUCUCAAGCAAUUGUUGAUGUCGUCUUGGACCUUAAUAAAAGAGCUGAUAUAGUGAUAUUUCACGAUGAUGAAUAUGAAGCGUACAGUACAGUGAAUUCCCUUUUAAAGAAGCUGAUAGUUAAUGGAAUCCGUUAUUCUUAUCUUUUAACUGAAACAGAUAUACUGAAAAUGACUCUGAGGCUAGAUAAAAUUGCGAGAAGAACAAAAGAGCUCAAUACCGUGGUUCUGGAAGACUAUUCUGCUUUUAAACAGCUUUUAGAUAAGACACAUGAGCUGGGAAAGUUGAAUCCAGAUGUAUCUUAUUUAAUAGUAAAUGAUGGAUGGGAACUUGAGAAUCCAGAAAUAGAAUUCCCUCAACCAGUAACUUAUUCAGUUGAUGUCAAACUUCUUCUCUUAAAGCGAAAGAUUAGCGAUCCUCUUUCUGCUGAACUUGCAGAUCUUCUAGUCAACAAUUCAGGAGAAGACACACGAAGAAUAGAGAAAUGGAAAAUGCAUAUGAGUAGAGAAGACGUGUUCGCUACUGCUGCUAUUCGUAAUGUAGUCGAAGCGUCUAUCGUGAUGUGGGAUUUUGAAGACCACGAACGUAAUGGUAAAUGCAAGUACUUCAAUGAAUCCGAAGACGGAAGUUCGCCUUCUUUCUCAUCUCUUGUUUCGAAAUACAUGCUAGACGCUAGAGUGCUUCCAACAAGCCAUUCUUACGAUUUACUUAAAAACUUUCCCGUCAAAACAAAUACAGAAAUAUUUAGGAAAAUAGCUUCGUGGGAUUCAAAGAAAGUGCCUAGGUUUAAGUAUGUUUCCAAAAAUAUCGAACGAAGACUGCUUUUUGAAAACAGAACUCUAAAGAUAGGAAUGCCUUUUAGUCCACCCUAUACCAUCUCUACCAACUCUUUUGAAGAUGAUUUUGAAGAUGGUGUUGUGGAGAGAUUGUUUCAAUAUUUAAUGCAGCAAUUGAAGUUCAAGUAUGAAGUUAUAUCACCAGAAGACAACGAAUGGGGUGUAUUAAUGCCAGAUGGUACGUGGAGUGGGGCUGUUGGGAUGUUGCUCAACAGAACUGUUGAUCUUGUACCUUUUCUCGGAGUAACAAGAGGUCGGAGUCAGUUUUUGGAUUUUUCCGAUCCGGUCAUGACUACCAGUUCAGCAAUUCUCGUCCAGAAACCCCGGGUACCCCCAAGGACACUAAUAUUUCUGAGACCAUUUUCACCUAUGGUGUGGUGUUCAAUAUUUUUGAUGGUUCCAGUCAUGUCAUUGGUGCUAUGGCUAGUUCAUAAAAAAAGUUCCCAGUUCACUGAAAUUGAAAGAAAUGGAAAAGGAGGACUUUUCUAUUACGGGAAUUGCUUUUGGUACAUGUACGGUGCCAUAUUGCAACAAGGUGGCAUUCAUUUACCAGAAACAAUAAGUGCUCGAAUCGUAGUCAGUUUCUGGUGGCUGUUUGUGAUGAUAGUCAUGGCUACUUACAGCGGUAACCUCAUCGCAUUUCUAACAUUUCCUGAAGCAGAUUGGGUGAUAGCUUCAUUGCAUGACUUGGCAUACAAAGAAUCUGUUCUAGUCAUUGUACAGGAAGGAACUAGUGUACACCAGGAUAUUGAGGAAAAUCCAAUGCAGUAUUUGCGAACUUUGAAAGAUCGAUUUGAUCGUCAAAGAAAUGCAAUUCUGGUAAAAAAUAUCACAUCAAUAAUUUCUUCCGUAAAAGCUGGUAAAGCAGCCUAUGUUGACGAUUUCUAUGUAUUAUCAGAUCUGAUAAAAGAUGACUACAAGGAAACGGGAAGUUGUCAUCUUUCUUUGGCGCCAAACACUUUUUUGGAAAUUUAUUUGGCCAUAGCAGCAAGAAAAGGAAGUCCAUACAUGAAAGAAAUCAAUACUUUUUUGCGCCACUUAUGGCUUGGAGGUUUCAUGCAACACUGGUCUGAAAGGUUUUCAGAAAUGAAUAUACACGAGUGCUUCGCUGUCACAACAUUUGAGAGAGGAAGAAGAAAAGACUUUACAUUGUUCGAUCUCUUCGGUGCUUUCAUGAUGCUGGCUUUAGGUUUAGUUAUUUCCUCUGCCAUGUUAUGUUUCGAACGCAUUUGGCGAUAUUUGGUGAAAGUCAUAAAACAGAGAAGACCUAAUUACAGAUAUUCGAAUUCAUUCUUCCAUAAGACUGUCAUAUUGGCCAUUAGAAAAAUUGAUUGAUUGAUUAUAAUGAGAAAAAAUAAUUGUUUUAAUUUCUUUUAAAGUGAUGCCACUUUAAAUCAAACGUGGGUUCGCUAUAAGCUGGUUGUAUAUUUAUCCUGUUUAAUUAUCAGGGUAAAAUUACUCAUUAAAAUCCUGAAUCUGUAUUCGUCA